AUGCAAGCCAUGCAAACCGAUCAAGUGCAACAACAACAACAACCACCCAUCACCCCCAAGACACCAAAGUCUGCCAGUCAAAUGUUUCCUCCAGUUGCUACUGGUAAGCCUAGCACUGAUCAGAAUGUACCAGCAUUUUGUAAGCAAUACAAGAUCAUUUCAAAGAAUCGAAUCGGAAAGGUUGUUUUAAGAGAAUUUGAUUCUAUUGAAUGUGAUGGAACUGUUGUUAUUGAAGGCUUUCCUUCUGAGGAGGGUAUGACUGCCAUCAUGACUGCAAAUUAUAUCAUCAAACAACUUCAACUUCCAUUGGUUGGUGAUAUUGUAUCUCCUUAUUUCACUCCUCUUGGUGUUGUAAGAGAUGGAUUGCCUUCUCAUGGUAUCAGAAUUUAUGGAAAUAAGAAAAUUGUUGUCUUUGUUUCUGAAUAUGAAAUUAAGGAUCCAGAAAUUCAAAAUGACAUCAUUGAUGCUGUUUAUGAUUUUUGUCAAAGACAUCGAUCAAAAUGUCUCAUCUCUGUGGAUGGAUUAGAUGUUGAUCCAACUGUUAAAAAACAACCAACUGAUGACAUUAAAAUUGGAAUUCAAUCUUCUGCUGCUGAAGAUGAGGAUGAAGAUGAAGAAGGAGAUGAAGGAGAAGAAAUGAUGAGUUUUGAAGAUGAAGAUGCUCCAAAAACAACUGAAGAGCUUUUGAAACUUUUAGAACAAGAAGAUUACAAGGAAAAAGUAUGGUAUGUCACAAAUAGUGAACACUAUGCAAAGAAAUUGCAAGAAAUGAAUGCAACAGUUGCUAUUGAGGUUGCAUGCACUGGAAUUAGUGGUGGAAUCUUAGCUGAGGCUCCAUUCAGAGGAGUUCCAGUGUUGAGUUUGUUUGCUCCUCUUAACAAAUUCCUUAAAAUUGGUACUCGUGCCAGUAUUACACUCAUUCAUGCUCUCAACAAACUCAUGAGUGAGGAUCAAACCAGUAUUUUAAUUGAUACUUCUGAAUUGGACAAGACUGCCAAAGAAUUGGAAUCCAAGUUGAAGGAUGUUUUAGGCAAGUUGGCUCCAGGAGCAUUGGGAGAUGAAAAGACUCCAACAGGAGCAUUCCAUUCCAUGUACAUGUAA